CACUGGCCUGACCUGGCAAAGUGUCGCACGUUUCUGUAUGUCUGUGAGGCAGAAUGGGUGGGAGUCACAGAUGUGGUGUGCGAAUCCUCUUGAUUGGGGAUGCAGGUGUAGGAAAAACCUCUCUUAUACUCUCCUUAGUUUCCGAGGAAUUUCCUGAACAAGUUCCCCCACGAGCAGAAGAAAUAACAAUCCCCCCAGAUGUGACCCCAGAAAAAGUCCCCACACAUAUUGUAGAUUAUUCUGAACGGGAGCAAAGUGUUGAUCAGUUACGCUCCGAGAUAAAUCGAUCUGAUGUCAUAUGUGUGGUCUACAGUGUCGAGGAUGAGGACACAUUAGACAGAGUCACUUGCCAUUGGCUACCCUUAAUCAGAUCAACUUUAGGCCAGCAGCACCAUAUUCCAGUCAUCCUAGUUGGCAAUAAAGUUGACCUUGUAGAUUAUUCUACCAUGGAAAUUGUAUUGCAGACUAUGAUGGAAUAUCCAGAAAUCGAGACAUGCGUUGAAUGCUCAGCAAGAACACUCAAGAACAUAUCUGAAAUGUUUUACUAUGCUCAGAAAGCAGUACUUCAUCCUACAGCACCUUUGUAUAUUCUAGAGGAGAGAGAUUUGACAGAAAAGUGCAAGAAGGCUUUAAUAAGAAUUUUUAAGAUUUGUGAUACUGACAAUGAUGGUCUACUUAAUGACCAGGAGCUCAAUACUUUCCAGCGACGAUGCUUCAAUGCACCUCUCAACCCUCAAGCACUAGAAGAGCUGAAGACGGUUGUGCAGCGUAAUGUGUCGGACGGUGUUCAUGCUGAUUCUCUUACUUUACGGGGCUUCCUCUUUCUACAUCGCCUAUUUAUUCAACAUGGUCGCCAUGAAACAACGUGGACUGUUUUAAGAAAAUUUGGUUAUAAUGACAAUCUUCAGCUCUCAAAGGACUACUUAUUUCCACCAAUUCGAAUACCACCUGGCUGCAGCACAGAGCUUAACCAUGCUGGCUACUCCUUCCUCACUUCGCUUUUUGAAAAAUAUGAUAAUGACAAGGACAGUGCACUAAGCCCACAAGAGCUCAUAGAUCUCUUCUCUACUUGUCCUGUUAUGCCAUGGGGUCCUGAUGUCCUCAAUUCUGUUCACACAAAUGAAAAGGGGUGGAUUACAUUGCAAGGCUAUUUAGCUCAGUGGACACUCUGGACUUUACUAGAUAUUCAGAGAACAUUAGAGUACUUUGCAUAUCUUGGGUAUUGUGGAUCUGGUGAUGACAAUCAACUUUCUGCUAUCACAGUAACUCGGGAGAAGCGAAUUGACCUGCAAAAGAAACAAACCAUGCGGAAUGUAUAUCAGUGCCAUGUUAUUGGACCUCAUGACGCUGGCAAAACGACUUUCUGUCAGGGGCUUCUUAGCAGAACUUUAGAGGAAGUGCAAGAGAUUGCUCCAGAUAGAUUGUCUCGACACACCAUCAGCACAUUACAAGUUUAUGGUCAAGAAAAGUAUCUUAUUUUGCAUGAUAUUGAUGUCCACAACAUAACUGAUGCCCUCAUGCCCAAUGAAGUCCAGUGUGAUGUAGCAUGCUUGGUGUAUGAUGUGUCAAAUCCUAAGUCAUUUGAAUAUGUUGCUAGAAUAUAUUUGAAAUACUUUAGUGAAACGUCCAUCCCAGUAUUGUUUGUUGCCAAUAAAAGUGACAUGUCUGCAGUACGUCAAGAUUAUAUUCACCAGCCAGUCUCGUUUUGUCACAAGCACAAGAUCCCUCCACCACACACAUUUUCUUCUGCAGUUCAGCCUAAGAAAGACAUUUACACUAAGUUAGCAACAAUGGCAGCAUAUCCGCACUUGAAGCAGCUAGGUGUGGUUGUAGGUGAACAUAGUACCUGGCUGAAAGUUGGCUUGGGUGUGGCUGCCAUUGCUGCCUUUGCUCUCCUCUUGGCUAGAGCCUUUCAUUCUGCAAAUAGAUAGUCAAUCAAGGCAGUAAAUUUUGUCCUUAGCUCUUUGCUGCCUGAUCCAGGAACAGACCAUACGAAGUGGAUAGGGGUACAUUUUUUUUUGUUGUGCAGCUGUGCUAGCUGGUGUGUAGAAUAAAUCACAAUACCAUGGUUGUAACAUUUCACAACUGUGGAAACCGACAAAUUGGAGAUGAAAAUUGAACAGUGUUUCUAGCCAUCCUGGACCAUUAUUAUUGUUUUUGAAUUACAUUCACAAAAAAAGUGCUAGAUUAUUUGGGCCACUUUGUGCUCACAACUUUAUAAUGGUCCACAAGAGAGAAUUAUUAUAAUCAAAUAAAGCCUAAACCGCCGAGGGUCACGCAAUGCUGCGAAGCAGAAAAUAGUGCGGGGGCUAUAAACAGCUAGGUGGAGUGGGAAUCAGAG